UCUUCUUUCCCCUUUUCACUUUCACUCUCCUCCCUUCCCUUCCCCCCUCUUUGUUUUAAGACUAAGACCCACUACAAGUUUUGGUUGAGCCCAAAUAUUCCUUUUCCGCAUACAACUCUCUCUACCAUUCUUACUCAUUAGAUCCUAAUCUUCAACAUCUAUGUAACAGCAUUUCUUCUGAGAUUCUAUCAUCAAUCUUAGGCCUCUCGCUCGGUCGCUCCAGAUAUACAGGGACUAAUGGGGAAAAAGGUUGAUAAGAAGAGUAGAGCAGCUGCUAAGGAGAAGCGAGCUGCAGCCCAAUCUCCUAAAAAUGUUCCUCAACAAUCUAAUCAGGUUGAGAGUUCUGAUGUUGGCGUUGCAGUGGUGAAAGAGAGAAAAGCUUGUGUCCAUCUUGACAAGGGUGUUGAUUUUGAUAAAUUUUCUGCUAAAUUUGGGUCUUCAGAUCCUAUUAGGUGUGAGGAUUGUCGAGAAGGUGCAAAUGAUAGAAGAGGGAGGAAGGGAAAGGGUAAACAUGGGAAGAAGAAGGGAGGUGCUUCAGCAGAUUCAAAAUCCGAUUCGAAAGCCAUUUGGGUUUGUUUAGAUUGUGGGCAUUAUUCUUGUGGAGGGGUUGGACUUCCUACAACCCCUCAAAGCCAUGCGGUUCGGCAUGCUAGACAAGCCCGGCAUCCUUUGGUGAUCCAAUGGGAAAACACUCAUCUCCGGUGGUGCUUUCCAUGCAACACACUCAUUCCAGUUGAGAAAACAGAGGAAAAUGGUGAAAAUAAAGAUGUAUUUUCUGAGGUUGUAAAAUUAAUGAAGGGUCGGUCAAGAGAUGGUUCAUCAGUGGAUGUUGAGGACGUGUGGUUUGGUGGUGGCAGUGUUACUAGUGAAAUCAAAUCUGAAGGCAUUUUAUCAGUUGGGGGUUGUUUAGAUGGAAAGGCUGGCUACGUGGUAAGAGGUUUGACUAACCUUGGAAAUACUUGCUUUUUUAAUUCAGUCAUGCAAAAUCUUCUAGCCAUGGGUAGAUUGCGGGAUUACUUCUUGAAUAUGGAUGUAUCUUUUGGCCCUCUUACUAUUGCUUUGAAGAAGCUCUUCACUGAAACAAAACCAGAGGCAGGGUUGAGAAAUGUUAUGAAUCCGAGAUCUUUUUUUGGGUGUGUCUGUUCUAAGGCUCCCCAGUUUCGGGGAUAUCAGCAGCAUGAUAGUCAUGAAUUGCUUCGUUGCUUACUUGAUGGACUGUGUACUGAGGAGUUGGGUGUCAGAAAAAAAGUUAAUUCUUCUGAGGAAAAUGGGAUUUCUUCAAAUCCAGGUCCUACUUUUGUGGAUUCUGUAUUUGGCGGACAAAUUUCUAGUACUGUUUGUUGUGUGGAAUGUGGACACUCCUCAACAGUUUUUGAGCCAUUUUUAGAUCUCUCUCUUCCGGUUCCAACCAAGAAACCUCCACCUAAAAAAGCCCAACCUUCUCGAGCCAAGAAAGCAAAACCACCACCAAAGAAAAGUGGAAAGGUUCGAGGUAAAGCUAACAAAGAUAUUGAUAUUGUAACAGUUCAAAAUUCUUCAAGUCCAGCUGCCAUUGGUGAGUCUCUGAGUGUGUCACAGUCUACUGCACCUCCUACUGAAAAGGUGGUGAGUUCUUCAGGUGAUUAUUCAUUAUCAGAUUCUGUUGGCUCAUCAACUGUGGCUGCUGAAAGCAGUUCUUCUCAGAAUUUUUCAGCUGUUGCACAGCCUGAGAAUGAGCAAGGUUUGGAUAAUUCAAUGGACCAAACAGUGGCUUCAUUUGAUGAUUUUACGUGGUUAGAUUAUGUUGAACCAGAAAGUACGUUAGAUGGGCAUGAUUUGACUUUGCAAAAUAAUGAUUUAUUUUUUCAAGAUUCUGGAGACAAGGGUAAGGUGUCCGGUGAUAUCUUGAUGGAGAGUAGUCAGAUUCCUUCACUCAAUGAAGAGCUAAAUUCAAAACCGGAUUCUUCUUCUAUGAAUCCUGGGGAGGAUGAGCUACCAUUGGUUGCUCAAGUUUCAGAAGUUAUCUUGCUUCCAUACAAUGAAGAAAGUUCCACUACUGGGGAGAUGAUGAGUGGAGAUGCUGAGGCCUCCUCAUCAGUUGUUGGCUAUGGGCAAGAGGAAUUGGACUUUGAUGGCUUUGGUGGGUUAUUUAAUGAACCUGAAAUUACUGCUGGUCCAGUUGCAGGGCCAGUUGCAGGGCCCUCUUUAGGUGGUGAAGGGGUGGACAGUGGUUUUGUAGUAGGAAAUAGCAGCGAAUCUGAUCCAGAAGAGGUUGAUAAUUCAAAUUCUCCAGUGUCUGUAGAAAGUUGUUUGGCUCAUUUUAUAAAGCCAGAACUUCUCACUGAUGAUAAUGCUUGGGAUUGUGAGAGCUGUUCAAGGACUCUGCAACGCCAGAAGUUGGAAGCUUUGAAGAAGCAGGCUAAACUUGCUUCACAAGUUUUGAUAAAUGGAUGUGAGACUAGGAAGCAAAAUGAUCUAAAGACUACAAAAGACAUAUCCUGGACUUCUGAAGUUAAAACUCUUAGUAAUGGAGAUAUCAAAACUGAUAUUGAUCUGGACACUUCUGGUGAAAGCUUGGUUUUACAAAAUGGGAAGACUGAUUCCUUAAAUCAAACUUGUGUGCAAUUUGAAAGUGGUCAGACAUGUGAGAUUAAUCCAGUUGUCUCUCAAGGGGAAGAGGGAACAAUAGAAGCCAAUGAUGCAGUUCCUGAGCAAUCCCGGUCUUCUGGUUUCUGGAAAUCUCGCAGUCAAGAAAGCAUUGCUCAUCAAGUCAAAGAUUCUUAUACUAUUGAUGAGUCUGAUAGUACUGGGUGUACUGCUGAUGAUGCUCAGUCAAGUGAGGAGAUAAAUUCCCUAAAAGUAAAGGUGAAGCGGGAUGCAACCAAAAGGGUCCUUAUAAAUAAGGCCCCGCCUAUUUUGACUUUUCAUCUGAAGAGGUUCAGCCAAGAUGCUCGUGGUCGUCUAAAUAAAUUGAAUGGCCAUGUAAAUUUCGGUGAAAUGAUUAAUCUUAGACCAUAUAUGGAUCCCAGGUGCACAGAUAAAGAGAAAUACAAUUAUCGUCUGCUUGGUGUAGUAGAGCAUUUGGGAACCAUGAGAGGGGGUCACUAUGUUGCAUAUGUGAGAGGUGCAAAAAUUAAAGGAAAGACAGAGAAAGAAAACGGAGGUUGCGUGUGGUAUCAUGCCAGUGAUGCCUAUGUGCGUGAAUCUUCCCUCGAAGAAGUUCUGCGCUGUGAGGCAUACAUUUUAUUCUAUGAGCAAGUUUGAAAUCAUUCCUUCUCAUACACGUUACAUGAUUUUCCCCCCAAAGGGGAGAGAGACAAAAACAGAGGGACAGACACAAAAACCAGAGGUGAGUGUACAACAACAAUUACCAUUAUAUCUAAUACCAAUUUUUUUGACAUGUAUUGAGUUCCUAGAUGUAUAUCAUGAAACCAUAUCAUACCAAAAAAAAAAAUUGUAAUUUUUUUG